AUGACGAAGGAAGUUCCCGAGAUAAUCCACGAGUAUGGGUUCGAGGAUCGCGUUGGAUAUUUUGUCACAGACAAUGCGGAGAGCAACGACACGUGCCUUGAAGACUUGGGCGCUGAGUUGGGGUUCAACAAGCAGCAUCGUCGGCUCCGUUGCUGCGGCCACAUCAUCAACCUCGUCGCCCGAUCCAUCCUUUUCGGCACGGACGCCGACGCGUUCGAAGAGGAUUGCCAAGCCAACAAAGAGAUCCAAGAUGAGGUCAGACUCUGGAGAUCAAGGGGCCCCAUCGGCAAGUUGCACAAUAUCGUUCACUGGGUGGAAAGGUCUGGGCAGCGCAUUGAAAGGCUCCACAUGCUCCAAUCCAUCGAGAACACCGCCCUGGGCCUCGAAGACAAAACAACCUACGAUGUGGUCAUGGACAACGCUACUCGCUGGAACUCGUCCGAAGCGAUGAUGGAGCGGGGCUACAUGCUUCGCAAUGCACUCGAUUCGCUGGUCCAAGCGGAAGUGACAGAGUGGAAUCAAUAUGUGGCGAGAAGGACACAGCACGGGGCAAAGCCGAUGCCGAAGAAGUGCCGCAAGAAGCCUACAAUUGUGGACGACCAGAUGGUCACUGAGGACUGGUCCGUUAUUGCAGAGUAUUUGGCGAUCCUGAAACCAUUGAAGAUCGCGACAAAGCGCCUAGAGGGCCAGCCACGACAAGGCAAAUUCGGCGCGAUUUGGGAAGUUUUGCUCACAAUGGAGUGGCUUCUGAAGCACCUAGAAGAGGCAAAGCUACAGCACGAACGGGACGAGGAACCGUACCUGCGAAUCGGCUGCAAUCUCGGCUGGAUGAAGCUGGAUCAAUACUACGCCCUUACGGAGGAUAGCCCUGCGUACCUCGCGAGCCUCGUCCUCCAUCCCGCGUUUCGCUGGUCCACCGUCGAGUCGCAGUGGUCCGAUCAUCCGGACUGGUUGGCCAGAGGAAGGGCGGCUGUGCAAGAGCUAUGGGAGGAGUACCGAACCCUCGCGGUCGAGCAAGAUACGAUACCCGAGGAGCCCACAGCUGCAAGGAAGACAACGGACCUAGAUGACUUCAUGACCUCAAUUAGGAAACUUGGCGCCCAACCUGCGCCCUCACCGUCCUCCACGCGUGACGAAUACGCAGAAUGGGUGGCCAGUACCGAUCCGGGCGAUUGUCUUGUGGACAAUCCCAUCCAGUACUGGCUUCUCCGCAGACGCCAGUAUCCACGCUUGUCGCGAAUGGCAAUCGACCUCUUUUCUAUUCCGGCAAUGUCUUCAGAGCCGGAGAGAAUAUUUAGCCUUGCCGGACAGAUGGUCACAGCUCAGAGAGGCCGCCUCAAAGCGGACCUUAUCGGGGCGGCUCAGUGUAUUUCGUCGUGGGAAAAAAAGUGGAGUUAUCCAGAUAUCCAAAUGAGAUCCAAAUCGACUCAAAUCAAAUCAAAUCAAAUCAGAUCCAUGAUUUUGCCAUCCAAAUCAAAUCAAAUUGGACCCCGGAUUUGA